AUGCGCGCUACGGCAAUCCAGGGUCCACGUAUAGGGUUGUGGUUGGCCCUGUUCUGUUAUGCCCUCGACGUCGUACCCGGAGUUGACGGGAAACGAAAACUCAAGGAACAGGAGAUCAUUCAACGUAUUCUCAACAAUUACGAUUGGAGAGUUCGACCGCGAGGGCUGAACGCUUCAUGGCCAGACACCGGCGGUCCUGUGCUGGUCACCGUGAACAUCUACCUUCGUUCCAUAUCGAAAAUCGACGAUGUGAACAUGGAGUACAGCGCUCAGUUCACAUUUCGCGAGGAAUGGGUGGAUGCACGGUUGGCCUAUGGCCGUUUCGAGGAUGAGUCCACAGAGGUGCCACCAUUCGUAGUGUUAGCGACUAGUGAAAAUGCGGACCAAUCGCAGCAAAUCUGGAUGCCUGACACUUUUUUCCAGAAUGAGAAAGAAGCACGACGUCAUCUGAUCGAUAAACCGAACGUGCUGAUACGAAUUCAUAAGGACGGCUCGAUUCUUUAUAGCGUCAGGUUAUCGUUGGUGCUGUCGUGUCCGAUGUCCUUGGAAUUCUAUCCGUUGGAUCGUCAGAAUUGCCUUAUCGACUUAGCGUCAUAUGCGUACACAACUCAGGAUAUCAAAUAUGAAUGGAAGGCAACGAAUCCAGUACAGCAAAAAGACGGCUUACGUCAAUCGUUGCCAAGUUUCGAACUACAAGACGUCGUCACCAAAUACUGUACGAGCAAAACCAAUACGGGCGAGUAUUCAUGUCUACGUACUCAAAUGGUGCUACGUCGAGAAUUCAGCUAUUACCUGCUGCAGCUGUAUAUCCCUUCGUUUAUGCUUGUCAUAGUGUCAUGGGUGUCAUUCUGGCUGGAUAAAGAUUCGGUCCCAGCACGAGUCACGUUAGGUGUCACAACACUGCUCACCAUGACAACCCAGGAAAGAAACCCUUCGUUUAAUUUGAUUUAA